UAUCGAGACCGGUCCUCCAGAGACAUGAGGGCAGUUUCACACUUCAUCUCGUUCGGCCAAAGUAAAUAAGGAGCGCGCGGCGGCCAGGACACGUCUGGAUUAUAUUUCACCGGUCGACGGAGAUGAGCAGCAGAUCAACUUGAUGAGGUCGAGUAGGACGAUGAAAGAGGAGUGACCACUUCAUCCUCCUCUGCACUCUAUCUCAGGACCAGUGAGGCUGAAGAGGAAUCCCUCAGCCGCCUCAUUUCGCCACCAUUUCGUCUGAGUUGGUCCCCAAACGUGUUUCAAAACUGUUUCUCCAACGCUUCUUCCAGAAGCUUAGACUGUUCUCUAAAGCAGAAGCUGCACAGCCCUCCCAGACUGAGGUGAUGGGAAGCGUGCGAGCUAGCCGCUACAGCAUUGUGUCAUCAGAGGAGGACGGCAUGAAGCUUGCCACCAUGGCAGUGCCCAACGGCUACAGCAAGAGCAAGGUGCACACCAGGCACCAGCCGCAGAGCAGAUUUGUAAAGAAAGACGGUCACUGCAAUGUGCAAUUCAUCAACGUGAGCGAGAAAGGUCAGCGGUACUUGGCCGACAUCUUCACGACCUGCGUGGACAUCCGCUGGAGGUGGAUGUUCAUCAUCUUCUGCCUCGCCUUCCUGCUGUCAUGGCUGUUCUUCGGCUGCGUCUUCUGGCUAGUUGCCAUCUUGCACGGGGACUUACAAAACAACGCCCAGAAGUGUGUCUCCAACGUGAGCAGCUUCACCGCUGCCUUCUUGUUCUCCAUCGAGACCCAGACAACUAUCGGUUACGGCUACAGAUACGUGACAGACGAGUGCCCUGUUGCUGUGUUCAUGGUGGUUUUCCAGAGCAUUGUGGGCUGCAUAAUUGAUGCUUUUAUUAUUGGCGCCGUUAUGGCAAAAAUGGCAAAGCCCAAGAAGAGGAAUGAAACUCUGGUUUUCAGCCAUAACGCCACGGUGGCCAUGAGGGACAACAAGCUCUGCCUGAUGUGGCGUGUUGGCAAUUUAAGGAAGAGCCACCUGGUCGAGGCGCAUGUGCGGGCGCAGCUUCUAAAGUCCCGAACAACAGCAGAGGGGGAGUACAUCCCUCUGGACCAGAUGGACAUAGACGUGGGCUUUGACAGCGGAGUCGACCGUAUCUUCCUGGUCUCGCCAAUCACCAUUGUCCACGAGAUUGACGAACACAGCCCCUUCUACAACAUGAGCAAACAGGACCUAGAGAGCUCAGAGUUUGAAAUCGUGGUCAUCCUGGAGGGCAUGGUCGAGGCGACGGCCAUGACCACGCAGUGCCGCAGCUCCUACGUCUCCAGUGAGAUCCUCUGGGGCCACCGGUUCGAGCCCGUGCUCUUCGAGGAGAAGAACUACUACAAGGUAGACUACUCCCGCUUCCAUAAGACUUACGAGGUGCCGAGCACCCCGCUGUGCAGCGCCAGAGACUUUGCAGAGAAAAAGUUCAUUCUCUCAACCUCCAACUCUUUCUGCUAUGAAAACGAGAUUGCGCUGGAGAACAAAGAGGACACGGACGAGGGGAACGGGGGCAGCGUGGGGCCGGACGGGACCCAGACAGACAACAUCUCAGAGACCGAGCACAGCCAGGCCACUGUGCCGCUUGAACCGCGGCCUCUGAGACGAGAGUCCGAAAUAUGACUGUUAACACCUCAAACCUCACUUGAGAUUCUCUUCUUCUUUUUGUUUUUUAAAUCACCUCUCUGCUCCAGAAGGCACAAAGAGCCGAGCUGGGCUUUGCGUGGAGGACAAGCCGAACGGUACUGCUGUGGGAGGCGGCAAAUGGUUUAGGACUUUGUGAGUCUGAACAUUGACUACAUACAGUAUGACAAGACACAGCACGACGACCCGUGUGCAUAUUGCAGGAUGAAGUCUCCACGAAGUCCCCGUGAAUGUGUGUUCAGUGUCUGUGACUGCAAGGCGACACAGGGUGGGAUACAUGCAGGAAUGUCUCUGUUUCUCUGUCCAGCAAGAACAUGAUGCUUUCAGAAAAGUGGACUUUGUUUUUUAUAGAAUAUUCUCACAAGUGCUGCUAGAAAAUAUGAAAAAAAGCCUUCAAGAUACUUCAGGAAAUUAAAGAACUGAAGAGUGCACGGGUUGUCUGGAGGCUCGAGUAGAGUAUUUGUUCGUGAGCUGGUCUCAUAUUGGACAUCACAGACAUCUGAAUGGAAAAAACAUAAAACUUUUUGUAUGCAAGGUCAAACUUUAGAGUCCUGUGGCUUGGCAGCACUGGAUUUCUGAUCCUCUGCUUUGUGCAGUCGUGGAUCUGAGAAUCGUGUUCAUUGCUGGUCAGACAGAUGGAAACAUGCCUGCUCAGGUCAGAGGGAGCAGGGGAGUAUUAACAGCAUCAAACUGACCGAGAUCGUUAAUUUAAACUGAGACGGGGGUGAUACCAGAAUGUUCUUAAAAGUGCUGCUACCAUGUUGCUUCUUUUAUUAUUAUUUCCUCGCGGUUGAUAAAAAAUGCCAAAGAGUAUUAUUAUCGUAGUUAAUGCGUUUCAUAAAACACCGGAUUAGAUUUGGUACAGAGAAGUAGAAUGUUUUUUAGAAAGUUUUAUUAAGGUUUGUUUUUCCAAGAACGUGUGUACAGUUUUUAAAAAAUAAAAUCAAAAAAAUAUGUUCAUCGUCAUAUUUUUAUCUUGAGCCACUUCAUCAAGCCUUAAUCUGAGAAUUUGGAAGCAUUUUUUUUUAGCUUGAACCAAAAUGUUGAUUUUUUUAAAAGCCAGAUCUACUUUUAUAAAACUUAAAAUAUAUGAUUUUUGUAUGUGACGUAAAAAACAUCUUUGCUAAUUAAUUCUUCAUCUCCUCUCUAACGUCUGAAUCGGAUCAGUGUUAUGACUGGAGAUUGAAAACACUCCCAAAGCCACUUUCCCUUUCUGCCGAACUCAGACUUCAGAUCCAGCUUCAAUAUCAACGCCACUUUUCAUUGUUGUUUUGUUUUACUUGAGAAUCUAACAUUUGAAAAAGCAUAGUUCAAAACCAAAUGUACUGUACCCCCCCCCCCCCCCCCCGCAGAAGAGGACGUGCUGCACAACAGUUCAUUUCAAAAUUAUAUCCUGCAACUUUUUUUUUUAACACAGCGACAGAAGCCACUCGGCUCCAUUGAUCCUACAUGUGUAAAUACCUCCCUCCCUGUUGCAGUUAUUUUGUAUCAAUCUUCCAAAUGUACUGCAAAACCAUGGAAUGUACAGAUUUUUGUAUUAAUAUUAUUAUUAUUAUUAUUGUUGUACAUGAUAUUAUAUUGUUCUUUUUCAAUAAAAUG